UGCCAAAGAUUAGUCCCAAGCAAGCCUAGUUGUGGGGCCAGCUCAGGUUCACCAUAUCAUUCUUUGAGCAAUCGUGCGAUGACCGAUGGAGACUUGUCCGUUGGCUAUGCCUGGAGCAAGGAGGACCUUCUGGCGGCUUACAAUCGUCAGCAUCCCGAUGCCGCUGUUGCUGCAGAUUUCGAGGAGUUCAUGACCUUCGUGGAUAGCGGGGCGCUCGAGAAAUGGGUGGACCCGACACUGGAAGCCUUUUGGACCAAAAAGCACGGGAAACGGGUGCGCUUCGCGUUUCAGGAGCCUCCGGCUCUGCACAUGCACUUCCAUGUGGAGACGUCGACCUUCUUCCUUGGCUUCUAUCGCAUGAUGUUUAGAUGCAAUGACGGUCAGAACAGCGCUGACAAGCCUUUCGAGGAGUUGAACUUGUCGCCAGAGGAGAAGUCGAGAUUGGACGCCGCAGCGGCAGCACUCGGCCUCGCGCCGCAGAAGCUGAUCGCCAGGACCCGCUCCUGAUGGUCUAAUGGUCUCGUGCGUGCGGGCUCCAGAAGGUGGUCGCGGUUUCCAACCUGCACGCCUUUGUGAGUGCCAGCAACCUGCACCCCUGUGUGAGUGCCAGUGAAGCUUUGUGCUUUUCGCUGUCGCCAAAAACCAAAGACCG